UCAUAUCUUGAGUCACACAACUUCGAGAGGUAUAUUGAACUCUGCUGCUUCGGGCUCCAACAAGUUUUAAGGUACACAAAAAUGGAAGAGCUAUGGUCCGCAGGAGCCUCCAUAUGGAGCGGAUCAAAUUUUAACAAAAACGACGGAGUUGCGGUUUUAAUUAAUAAUCCUAACAUCCUGGUGAAGGGCAGCACUGUGGUGAGCCCCCCUCGGUGGUUCCUGGGGAAACUGGAGAGGGCGGUGUUUUACUUCCUGUGGGGGUCCAAGUGGGAGCGCCUGAAGAGGGAGACCAUCAAGAAAAGGCCGGAGAACGGUGGAAAAGGCCUCCCAGACCCCCACCUGUUUUUAGGCAGCCGCUUCACCGCCCUGCACAUUAGUUAUGCCACGACCCCAUCCAAAGAAAACAAGACGGCUGCAAUGGCGCGAUUUUGGAUGGGGUCUUACCUACGAACACUGAAAAUUUUACCAGUGGACUUGAAAACCCCAGUGUCUUUUAACUUGCCCAAAGAGUACAGUUUUAUAAAAAAGUUUUUAAAGAAAUACCUUUUAGAGAGUGAAGAUGUCACCAUUUUAACUCAACACAAGUCUCUCAUCUCUGUUGUGCAGGACCGGGAACCGGUGAGUCCAGUUCCGGGCCUCACACCAAGUGAGGCCAAACAAGUUUGGCGGAACGCGGCUCACCCCGCUCUCCAGAACAGGCACAAGGACUUAUCGUGGAUGGUGGCUCAUGAGAUCCUCCCGGUCAGGGCGGUUAUGCACUCCAGAGGCAUGGCCAAAAACCCCAUCUGCCCGCGGUCCGGCUGCAAUUCCCCGGAGACCGUCCACCACCUGCUCUGGGAGUGCAGCACUGCGCGGGACCUGUGGGCCAAGACCGGCCCCCUGUAUUUCCCGUGCCUACCAGCGGGUGGGGCCCAGUUCGGGUACCAGCUCGCCAUCCUUGGGGUGGGCCGGGGCUUGAAGGACUUGACGGCACAGAAAUUUACCUCGCUCUGGCUCACCCUCAACGUCAUCAAGGAUGCCAUCUGGGCCACCAGAAACCUGCUGGUGGGGAAGCGCGUUACGGUAACCCUCCAUGCAUGCGAGCUAAAGGUAACAUCAAUGCUGCAGGGGUACCGGACGACGAUAUUCGGACGGGGGGGGCCGGGGUCGCACGGAGAGGGUCCCGGCAGGCACCGACCCUGGCCGCCCGUAGAUGCACCCUCACCACUCUGGCUACGGGAACAGCGGGCCAGCGGGCCGGAGGAGAGGGGAUCUCCGCUGAGUCCAUAAAGUAGCAUCUCAUGUCCCUGUUCUGGAGAGUGGGGUGAUGACCCACUUGAUAAGGACUCACCCCCGGUCUUGCACAACAGAUGAUUUUUAAUUGGUGUUUUUUAUUGUUUUAUCAUGAAAUAGGUUUUAUUAACAUAUAUAUAUAUAUAUAUACGAGGCUUGUUUGCUUUUUUUAAAAUUUGUAUUUUACUUUUGGAACUGACCGCACCUUUUAAACACACCUCAAUAAUGGACUUUUAAAAACAAGCAAAACACUGUGGUUUUAAUCAAAUGCUUUUUAACAAUGAUUGUUUCUUUCAUUUUACCAUGUGUAUUUAUUAUAUAUUAUAUUGCUUGUUUUAAUGUGUGAUUAAAAAGAAAAUGGUGUGUGAAAAAGAAAAAAUGCAAAUGAAAAAAAUGUAAAUG